AUGUUGCUUCAUUCUUGUGACCGUGACAGGUGUUUUGCAGAUCAAGAAUCGCCUACAGACCCAAAAGUACUGCCCGAUGCCCAACAAGAUUCUGAAAAUGGUCUCAAGGAGCAAAACUCCGGAUCAUCCUUCCGCAAUGGGGAUUCCGACGUACUUGAAUCUAAUGCUAAUGGAGGCCGGGUGAAAAUUCGCUGGGGCGCUUGGGGUUAUCUGGCUGGAAUGUUUAUACUAGAGACAACGAUAUGGGUGGGGCUUUUAAUCUUGACUGCUGGAUGUAAGAAAGCAAACGACGGGUUUCCAAGCUCAUAUGGGGUGUUGCUCGACUACUAUCUUCAUACACGCUUCGCCGAUGAGUCGAGUGCAAAUUUCAUCCUCCCUCUUGUCGGGACGGUGAACACAGGCUUGCUGGCUCUUCUUAUCCCGAUCGUCUCAGCUGUCCUGAACCGUUUUCCACAUAUCAAACCGCAGACGAUGUAUUUUGGAGUGGGGUUUACAACAAUUAAAAUCAUUAGGAAGCAGAAUUUGGCUCUGCUCUCGGUGUACGGGGGAAAGCUCAUCAUUUUCGUCCUUCUAAUCAUCCAGAGCGUUCAUGUUCUUCUCACGUUGGGUAUCGGCUAUGGGAUAGGAGGUGUUGCAAUAUAUUAUCCAGCUCUGACCUACCUCCCCGAAUGGUUUCCUGAGCGUCCAGGCUUGGCCAAUGGCAUCGUUUUCUCAGGUUUGUCAAUUGUUCCUUGGUUUCUUCGGGAUGGUCGGUUUCACAAAUCGAAUUCGGAUCAAAGAUUGAUCCGAGGCACUUCUAUCUUUUUAGGAAACGGGGUGGGUGGAUUGUUGUUUCCGUUCAUCAUAGAGAGACUGUUGGCCAAGUGCGGCAUCACAAUGGCUCUGGCAUACCUUACCAUCAUCAUCACGGUCGCUGUUCUUGUAUCCUUGUAUCUCGUAAAACCCCCGUAUCCUUCCUCAAGGAUUGACAGGAACAAUGACGAGGAUAUAUGGCAAACAAUUGGGGAUUGGCAUGCACUUAAAGCAGGAGCGCUUUGGCUUUUCGUGGCCGCAAAUAUAUUCCAAACAUUUUCCUACUUCCUUCCCUCGCUCUAUCUUCCUCGGCUUUCGCCUACCUCCGGAACCACACUUCUAGCAGCCUUAAACAUCGCAAACAUCGGUUCCAGACUUGUCUUUGGAACUCUUUCCGAUCACUUCUCCACCCACCUCAUUGGUGGAGCCACUAGUCUUGUGGCAGCCAUUUCGAUCGUUUUCCUUUGGGGCGCGGAGACCUUUAGCAUGAAUGAUUUGAUCAUAUUUUCAAUCAUCUUUGGAGGAACUUCGGGUUCUUGGACAAGUCUGUACUUCUCAGUGAUAAAAGAGUGGAGAGUCGAUGAAAGAACAACACUGUCUAUCUAUAGUAUAUUCUCGGCAACUCGAGGAAUAGCCAACAUUCUCUCUGGACCGAUCUCUUCUUCUCUUUUGCGUAAAAGCAAUCUGACCGCACCAAGAAGCGGAUUUUCGAGCCCUUAUUCAGGAGUAAUAGCAUUCUGUGGGGCAAACAUGCUACUCACUGCAGCGAUUGAAGCAGUACUAUUUGCUAGUCAAUUCAAAGCCAAAAGGAUUGAAAAGUUCAACACCUUAGCCUCUCAUCAAGAUACCCUGAAUUGA